AUGACCACUGUAUACAAUCCAAAUACAUGUUAUAAAGCGAUAUCAACUCCACUACUGAUUAUUAGUACCGAGAAAAUCGAUAUACAAUUGAUCGACUGGAAUCUAAGGACUGCAAUCGAUGGAAAUCGGGCUCGCAAAUUUCCAGCAGUUACGAUUAGGACAUUCGCUGUUCUAUUUAAAAUUAUUAGUGGAAUCGAAUACUUCUGCGAUGAAUACUACUAUUUUGGAGAAGAUAGGAAUUGCCAAGAGGCGUAUUGUAUUGUCUUUCCCCCUCCACCAAACCAUCAGAUCGUUCAGAAUGCCUACAUUGUUGGGCAUGAUCACGGAGUAGGGAAAUUAGGUUCUAUUUGUAAAAAACAAAAAGCAAAUUGUACAAUUCGUAUGGAGCUACCCCUCAUUACUGCGACAUCGGUAAAGUGCAAUCAUGAAUCCGAUAUUCACAAACUUUCUAUGGAUAGUGGAGUUCGGACUGCUCAUCCAGUGCUUAGAGUUGAUAACGUAUUUCGAGUAUUUUUUGCUGAUAAUAUUACUGGAGUUGCUGCCGUUCAGCAAAAAUUAAAAUUUACUGGCAAAGGCAUUAAGGUCGGUGUUAUCGAUAAUGGAAUUGAUUUUCACCAUCCAGCUUUUGGUAACUGUUUCGCGACUCCUGGAUGCAGAAUUAUAACUGGUUUUGACUUUAUUGGAAACGGUACUCCCGAAAAUCCUCAACCCAAUCCUAUUCCUUUAGAAACUUGUGAUGGUCACGGAACUCACGUGGCUGGUAUAAUUGCUGCGGAUGAUCCUAUUAAACAUUUUACGGGAGUCGCACCCGAAGCACAACUUGGCAUAUACAGAAUCAGUAAUUGCGAUGCCGAAACAUCAGAUGAUAUUAUUAUCGCGGCAAUGGGACGUGCACAGAAAGAUGGAAUGGACAUCAUUAAUCUUUCUAUUGGUCAUGAUUUUUUUUCUUGGCCGGAAGACCCUCUUGCAGUUGCUGCUUCUAAAUUAUCAGACAGUGGCAUAGCUGUCAGUGUUGCCGCAUCUAAUGAGGGUAAUGAAGGUAUCUUUACCUUGGGAACUCCAGAUUCGGGUGCCAACGUUAUCACAGUCGGUGCUGUUCAAAAUACAAAAUUCUUUACCUUUUUCUUGACCGCAAAUGUUGCUCCAAAAAGAAAAAUCAUUUAUGAAACAACACGUGUUACUCUCUGGUUUGGUUUGAGUGGUCCACUUCCUAUUAAACCAACAAGCACUCAACCUAUUACACCAAACGAUGCCUGUACUAAUGUCACUGAAGAUUUUACAGGAUUCAUUGCUUUAAUUGCUCGAGGAACUUGUACCUUUACUCAAAAACUCCAAAACGCUGAAGCCGCAGGUGCAGUUGGCGUACUCUUUUACAAUAAUGACGACGUACAAGCAUUCGCGAUAUCUGUAGUAAACGAUAUCCCGAGUGCAUUCAUUUCAAAGAAAGAUGGACUAUUUCUUUUAGAUGAAUAUAAUUCAAAUCACAACGUAAUUGUCUCUUUUCCAAAUAAAACAAUAAUCGUUGAUGCUCAAAUUGCCACUCAGCCUUUAAAUGAAAGUGGAUUCGGUCCAACCUUUGAAUUGGACCUGAAACCUGACUUUUUGGCCCCCGGGGGUCUUAUUUUUAGCACUUUCCCCGAAAAUUUGGGAUCAUACGCAACAUUAUCUGGAACAUCAAUGGCUGCAGCCUAUAUGUCUGGUACUAUUGCGCUUUUUUUACAGGCAAAAGGAAAAACUGACCCGAAACGUAUUCGUGACAUAUUUCAAACCACUGCAAUACCAGAAGAAAUGAGAAAUUUGAACCAAGAAUCACUUGGCAUGCUUCACACUGUAGCUAAACAAGGUGGUGGUUUAAUUAAUGCUUUUAAUGCAAUACAAUCCGAAAUCAUAAUUACACCUGGUAAAUUACCACUUAAUGAUACACCACAUUUUAAUGGAACUGCUUCUUUCCGAAUUAAAAAUCUUUCCAAAAAUACCAAAAAUUUUGUUCUUUCUCACAAACCUGCUGCUUCUGCGAGAGGAUUUUUCGGAGGAGAAUUAGUUCCAUUAGCUAAUACAUUAUUUGACCCAUUCUACGCAAAGGUUGUGAUUCAACCUUCGUCGAUCAGUUUAAAACCAGGCAGUACAAUUACAAUUAAGUUAAAGAUAACACCACCUGCUCAAUUAGAUCCCCAAGAUUUUGGUUUAUAUUCUGGAUACAUACUUAUUAAAAACACUGAUAAAAGUGGUAAAAGUGGUAAAAGUCAAAACCAAGUCGGUAAAUAUCAUAAGAGAAGCACCAAUAAACACACCGAUGGAAAUCAUAAACACAUCGACUCAUACUCAAAUGGAAAUCACAAACAUAACUUAGACGACGAAUAUAAUAACCAUGAAGAUAAAAACAAUCAUAAAAGCAAUCAUAAAAGCAAUCAUAAAAGCAAUCAUAAAGGCAGUCGUAGAAGCAAUCAUAAAAACAAUCAUAAAAACAAUCAAACUGACAACGAUGAGGAUUAUGAAGACAACGAUAAUGAUCAUAAUAACGGCACAUUUUCUGGACUUUUUGAAUUUGGAGAGCUCGAUCCGAAUGAGGAAUUCACAGUCCCAUACCUUGGUCUAAAAGGCGAUCUUCGUGCAUUCCCAGUAUUAGGUUUAGAUCCUAAUACAGAUUCUCCAUUUAUAGUGGACAAUAGUAAUGGCAACGAAUUUUUCAAUUCUUCCGAAGUUAUACCAUUCAACUUUUUGGGUAAUGACUUUCCAACUUUAGUUUAUACAAUGAUUCUCGGAUCCCCAUUAGUACGAACCUUAUUAGUUAUUGCAAAUACUAAUACCAUAGUUGGUACAGUAUUCCAAGAUACUUUUGUACGCAGAAAUGAUGCGCUUAAUGGCGACGUAUCUUUCUUUGAUUGGAACGGAACAGUCUUAAUGGGCAAUUCUAGUAUACCGACACCAGUACCGGACGGGUCAUAUCAAUUUAUUCUUGAAGCUUUACAUAUAUUCGGGAAUCCUAAUAAUCAAAGUGAUUUUAUAACGUGGCGAUCGCCAGUUCUUGUGGUUCAAAAUAGUGCAAGUAAUCAAACUAGUGUGGUUCCAAGUAAUCAAACUAGUUCAAAUGAAAAAAAAGUAGCAGUGGCUAUAAGCUAA